UUGUAGGGCGGGUCUUGGCGUGGCCAUAGUGGGAUUCAUAAUUUUGCCGCCGGGAAGGUCCACAUUUGCUCAGUAGGAAUGCGGUAGGCGGGGCUGCUACGCUCGUGUCAAACUUUGGGAAUGACAGGAGUGCUGCAGGAUUCGCAAAGAAGGGAAGUGUCGCCCUUGUUGGUCCUGUUUGGAUUACUUUGACUUGUUUUUACGCACAGUCUUUGCAUUCACCAUCUUUCUACAGAUAGCACGGCCUCAGCAGACUCCUCAGCCAUGUCGGAGGACCUGAGCUCUCAAACCUGGUCCAUCAACAAAGAUGAUUAUGAGCUACACGAGGUGAUUGGGAGUGGUGCCACAGCAGUGGUUCAAGCAGCCUACUGUUUACCACGCAAGGAGAAGGUGGCCAUCAAACGUAUCAACCUCGAGAAGUGCCAGACCAGUAUGGACGAACUCCUGAAAGAGAUUCAGGCCAUGAGCCAGUGUCACCACCCCAACAUUGUGUCUUACUACACCUCGUUUGUUGUAAAGGAUGAGCUGUGGCUGGUCAUGAAGCUGCUCAGUGGUGGCUCCGUGCUGGACGUGAUCAAGCAUAUCAUCUCGCGAGGCGAACACAAGACAGGCGUCCUGGACGAGGCCAGCAUAGCCACGGUGUUGAAAGAUGUGCUUGAAGCACUGGAGUACCUACACAAGAACGGACAGAUCCACAGAGAUCUAAAGGCUGGAAACAUUCUCCUUGGGGAUGACGGUUCAGUGCAAAUUGCAGACUUUGGUGUCAGUGCCUUUCUAGCCACAGGUGGUGACAUCACUCGAAAUAAAGUGCGCAAGACGUUUGUGGGAACGCCAUGCUGGAUGGCCCCAGAGGUCAUGGAGCAGGUGAGGGGAUAUGAUUUCAAAGCAGAUAUUUGGAGUUUUGGGAUCACAGCCAUUGAGCUUGCCACAGGGGCCGCACCUUAUCACAAAUACCCGCCAAUGAAGGUCUUGAUGCUGACGCUGCAGAAUGAUCCCCCGUCCCUGGAGACCGGCAUCACAGACAAGGAGAUGGUAAAGAAAUACGGCAAAUCCUUCAGGAAGAUGAUCUCCCUGUGUCUACAGAAGGAGCCAGAGAAAAGGCCGACGUCCUCAGAGUUGUUGAAGCAUAAAUUCUUUCAGAAAGCAAAGACCCAUGAGUAUUUACAUGAGAGGUUGCUCCAGAGGGCGCCCACAAUAACGGAGAGGUCAAAAAGGGUACGUCGAGUGCCAGGUUCAAGUGGUCGGCUGCAUAAAACGGAGGAUGGCGAAUGGGAAUGGAGUGACGAUGAGCUGGAUGAAGAAAGUGAAGAGGGCAAAGCAGCCGUUGCUGCCUUAAGGUCACCAAGAGUGAAGGAGGGAUCACAGAAUUCGGAGGUUUUCCAGACCCCUGAGCCUUUAAUUAGUCCACUCCAGCCGACGGCUGCAGGUCAGGCACAACUACCUCAGGCUGCAGGCCUGGUUCCGCUGCAGCCCACACCAGUCAGCACUCCACCCACUGCGCAGGCUACGUCUCCCACACCAGGCGUACCCGCUGCUGCUGCUCCCACCACACAGACGCUAGCUGCCUCAGGGGAUGUCAAGGCUCCCAUUAGUUUGGUAUUAAGGUUAAGAAAUUCAAAAAAGGAGCUAAAUGACAUCCGCUUUGAAUUUAUGCCAGGGAGAGACACAGCAGAUGGUGUGUCCCAGGAGCUGGUGUCAGCAGGCCUGGUGGACGGGAGGGACUUAGUAAUCGUUGCUGCAAAUUUGCAGAAAAUAGUUGAUGAACCCCAAGGCAAUAAAAAUGUCACUUUCAAACUGGCCUCUGGAACUGAGGGGUCUGAAAUACCAGAUGACAUCAAAUUGAUGGGCUUUGCUCAGCUCAGCAUUAGUUAAACUGUUGUACUACCUUGGGACCGUGACUUGCCUAAAAAAUGUGAAAAUAAUUAAAAAAAAAAUAGUUAAAUGCAUUAUUUCUUUCUAUGGCUGUAAAGAAACCACUACUGCCAAAGAAGACAGUAUCCUUUUGUCACCCAUAGGAUUAUACAACUCCGCCUCGUUGAAUAUUGUGGUUGGCUGAAUUAUCAGAGCGUACAGUUACAGUAUAAGAAUCACUCAAAAAAAAGUUUACAGCGUAAAUGUAGAAGGAUGCAAGUAUCUGCAACAAACCGUUUUAACUUACAUGGUCUCCCUCAUUCUGUUAUUCUGUUUUUCUCUAAUAUGUGAUGCAUUUGCACAAUCUAAACUAACACCAUUGAAUCCUGAUAAGUAUAACAAUGCCUUAUAUUCAUCAGAACUACUGAAUGCACGUUUUCGGGGGAAUUCCCCAGCUACCAUAUGGAGCAUUAUGUUGUCUGGAAUGUACAAGUUUGGUUUCAGUUGCUCACGUCACACUUUUUACUUAAUUUUGAGAGGAGGUAAGAUGCAGCUUACUAAUUCAAUUUUAGAUACACUUCUGUACUCAACACAUGUUAAGUUACUUUUUCAGAAGGAUGUGAGCAUUCCCAACAGUAACGAUCUUUGAAGGAUAAGGCUACUUUUAUUCUGUUUAAUUGUCAACGAAUACAAUGGAAAGACCAAAAACCAACAGUGUGUUAGUCUGUCACUGUAGAGGUUAUGGAUAUGUAGUUACAUAUUUUGUUUUUUUUAAAAGGAAAAAUAAUUUGCUGAAACAGCUGGCCACUGUAGUUUUUAUCAAAUGUUAUUUAAACCGAAGCAAAUAGUGCAUUUGUUGGGGACUAUUCUUAGCUGUGGCUAUAUACACAUUUGGUGCUCUAGUGAGUAUUUACACAAAUGGACUCAAAAUAAACUACAGUGCCCAUGAACAGGAAGAUGUCCCCCCGUGCAACAGUGUGGCUCAAUAACAUAGUUUCAAUAGUUUUUGGGAAACAAUAAGACAAUACGAAAAAUAA